GCUCACGGGGUCGCAGUCUCACCAGAAGAGGGCAUUCCGCUUCUGCCUGACAAAGUUGCUUUGACAUGCAGACGUGAUUAACAACAGCGUCAUGCUGUAUUUCAAACCGAGCCACGGCGACAAUGAAAGGAACAUUUGGACAGAAAGGUGGAUAAUUGGAUAUGUGGCUGUUCCGCGAGACUCGCUGACAGCGUUUCACAGAGACUUGUGGAUAAGCCACCGUUACUUUUCCUCUGUGCGCCAUGCGCGGAUCACACUGAGCAUCCUGUAGAAUAGAGACGCCGGGGUUUUACUUGGGAGAGGAAUCUAAGGGCUGCUCGACUCCUCUGGAAAAUUACGACUUGUUUUCUCUCUUUCUUUCUUUUUUCUUGCAUCGUGUCACUGUAUUUGUGAAGUUUUGCAACAGGAUUUUCGCGGAAUCUCUUUGCGCAUGUAAGACUGACAUGAAUUACUUGGAUGUGGCUUCGUUAUUGUCUGCGCCUACUGCAGUACUCUUUUUGGCUGUAACUUGAAAAAAAGAGAACGAUUCUUCUGCUGCGAAGACAUGGAUAGGGUGUACUGAAACCGGAUUUGUUUUUUUCUUUCUUUACCUCCCUUUUUAAUCUGGAAUUGGAAGUAAAUGACAUUCGCCCCGGUUCAUUUGUACGGUUGUAGAUGAUGUUGUAAACCGGAUAGCACACCCAGGUCCGGGAGAGUAAAGGGCAGGUGCGCUUUGGAGUCGGCGGCUGCGCGGAGAGACCGGGUUAGUGGAUUAGGACGGUACCUGUCUGUGGAGAGCGCGUCAUGCGGACUCGGAUGUCGCGCACCAGAAGCCAUUAAAACCUGUAGGCUGGAGCUGACAGAUACGCGGAUAUGGGCUCUGCUCUGCGGCGUCGCUGGCUAGUAGUCCAACUCCUGAUGCAGGUGUGGCUGGCGGCGAAUCCAUCUUUGAGUGAGCGCCCAUGCCCCAAAAGCUGUCGCUGUGAUGGAAAAAUUGUCUACUGCGAGUCAAGCGCCUUUCGCGAUGUUCCCAAGAACCUCUCAGGAGGUUGUGAAGGCCUGUCCUUACGGUACAACAGCCUUGCCAGUCUUCGCGCUGGACAGUUUGUUGGUCUCAACCACCUCAUCUGGCUCUACUUGGACCACAAUUACAUUGCCUCUGUGGAUGGAAUGGCCUUCCAGGGGGUUCGCAGGCUCAAAGAGCUGAUCCUGAGCUCCAACAAGAUCACAUCCCUCCACAACACCACAUUCCACCCUGUCCCUAAUUUGCGUAAUCUGGACCUGUCCUACAACAAACUGCAAGCCUUGCAGCCUGGACAGUUCCAGGGCCUACGGAAGCUUCUCAGCCUUCACAUACGCUCAAACUCUCUAAAAAUCAUCCCAGUGCGUCUGUUCCAAGAUUGCAGGAAUCUUGAGUUCCUGGAUCUGGGUUACAACCGCCUGCGCAGUAUCACUAGGAAUGCAUUUUCAGGCCUGGUCAAGCUCACUGAGCUACAUCUGGAGCAUAACCAGUUCUCCAAGAUCAAUUUCUCUCACUUUCCUCGUCUCUACAAUCUGCGGGCACUUUAUCUGCAGUGGAAUCGCAUUCGCUCAAUGAGCCAGGGCCUCACCUGGACCUGGGCCUCCAUCCAGAAACUGGACCUGUCUGGGAACGAUCUGACGGAAGUAGAUGCGGUAGUUUACCAAUGCCUACCCAACCUGCAGACGCUCAACCUGGACUCCAACAAGCUGACCAAUGUUUCCCAGGAGGUGGUUGAUGCCUGGAUCUCUUUGACUACGAUUAGCUUAGCUGGGAAUGUAUGGGACUGUGGCCCAGCAAUCUGUCCUCUGGUGGCCUGGCUGAGAAACUUCAGAGGAGCAAAGGAGACCACCAUGAUCUGUGCCUCCCCCAAGAAAGCUCAGGGUGAGAAAGUGAUGGACGCUGUUGAAGCUUUCGGUGUUUGUCAAUCAAACCCAGUGACAACGCUCACUGUGAGUAUUCCUCCAACCCCAUCCGAUGUCCCUGUGCAGACUGAGCAUCGCCCAGCCAUUCUGGCUUCACCUACUGGUUCUGGAAAGAGAGGAGAAGGAUCUGUGAGAGGCCCCACAUCGUCAGCCGUUACCCCACCUGUGGCACUUCCCCCAGAGCAAGACUUGGAGCCCGUGUCCUUCCAUAAGAUUGUGGCUGGAAGUGUUGCCCUUUUUCUAUCUGUCGCGAUGAUCCUGUUGGUAAUCUACGUGUCUUGGAAGCGCUAUCCUAGCAGCGUCAAGCAGCUGCAGGAGCAUUCGGCAGCGGCCCGCAAACGCCGCAAGAAAGCUAGAGAGACGGAGCGCACCCUGAGCUCUCCGCUGCAGGAGUACUAUGUGGACUACAAGCCCACCAACUCUGAGGCCAUGGAUGUGCUUGUCAAUGGGACCGGACCCUGCACCUAUACCAUCUCAGGCUCCCGAGAAUGCGAGGUCCCCCACCAGAUGGGCGCGCUGACCUUCUACCGCUAUGAGCAGCCUAUCGUAGACUACUGCCAGGCCCAUCAACCCCUGCGGCUCAACAUGGGCUAUGAGGGACCCCCACAGGGCCUGGAGGGCCUGGAGGACCUGGGGCCGUGUGACAGGGGCACUAUACAGACAGUGGCGCUGCCCGCCGUGCCCACUGCUGCCAGCAUGGGCGCUCCUAUGCCCGGGCCCCGCUCUCCCCCACCGCCCCUCAGACCACCGACUGAAGGCCCCAGCGGCGGCCCUUUCCCUCCCGCCGAGCGCACCGGCACACUCAAAUUUGGACGCUAGCGAGCCACGCCUGGGUGUAAGAAGUGUGGCUAGGGCCUUUGAUUCACCAUGACUUUGUAAUGAAGGGGCAGGCGAGCUGGUUAUUCAGUGGGGCCUUGUUUUCAGAACAUGACUACGUGAACUAGAGGACUAAAAUUUUCAGAUUCUGCCUGGAGGGAUUUUGCCAUCUGAAACACACAGUCUCACCAAUAUACAGUAGAGGUUGAGACAUCAUUGCUGAUCAUUUCGAUUUCCUUUUUUUUUUCCAAAGCACCUUAAUAAAAACAUAUCACGACUCACCCAUGGGAGGUAAUCCAGAAUAUGACAAAUAAAAAAAAAAUUUACCUUGUUUCCAAAUCUGGUCUUUGCCAUAUCCCAGGUCCAGUUCACGGCAUAAUGGCAGCCCACUUGCGCUGAGUCAGGAGUGAAAGGGAAAAGUGCAAUAAACACAAGUUUCUCAAUCACAAAAAAGUGACAGCAGUGACAUAAACGAGACGGACCUAUAGACAUCAUGUGAAGAGCAGGAGGCUUCGUACUGUGAUUAUUAUUCCGUUUUUUGGUCAGUAGUCGGUAAUGCAGGCAAAUCAACAUCGUUAUUUCAUAAAGAUGAGUCAUUUUCUCAAGACAGGUUAACGACAGAGUUUCUGUUUGUUUUCGUUUUUUUUGCUCUCUUUGUUGUCUCUGGAUGUUGGGUUUUCACGCUUCAAUUCCAUCAAUGUGCAUGUCAAACCAAAGAGUUUACUUAUAUUUUCUUUUAAUGCACAUAUGCUACUUUAGCCAAGGGCGUUCUUAAAAUGCCAGCCGUGCUACUAAAACUAGCCUCUGCCAGCUCACAUUCACAAUUUACAACCAAAUGUCCUGGUGGUCGGAGCUCGUCUUCACAGAUUAACUGAGUAGUGAAGCAUUACACACAAGUGAGGUCGUGAAACUGAAAUUUUAAAGAGUUUUUUUUUUUUUUUUUAAAUCAUAGUGAUGUAUCGUACCUGGUCCUCCCAACAUGCAGUUGAAUUGUUAUUCGUGACAACAAACAACAGAAAUAUUUUAAAGGAGAUAUUAUGGCAUGUUCCAUAAACGUCUUAAACACACACACACACACAGAACAUGGGACCUUUCCACAUCAGAAUGGCAGGUCUUUGUAUAUGAUUAUAUCCCAGCUGAAUGACUCACUAUGCUUUAAUGAGGUAAUCAUGGGGAAUUUUUUCUUAGUGGUAAAAUAAGUACAUCUGAAUGCAACUUAUUGUACAUAUUCUUAAAAAAGGUCCACUUUACUGAAGGUCAAACCACUCUCACUGCCCCGAACAGUCGUUUGAAACGUUGUUGAGUCAAUGUUUGACUUUCAUCACACCGGACAGUUUGGAGAGCACCGUGUUGCCGGGUUGGCAAAGCUCUGGCCGUGCGCUCCAACUGUCUCCCCUCCACCACAGAGAACAACAGUGCCUAGUGGGAGCAUGUUGAACCAGCACGUUGACUUCUCUUUGACCUGCGUAUGAACCUGUGGACUGCACUGGGAAUAUUGCCUGACAUCUCCCUUUUUUUUUUUUCUUUUUUUUUUUCUCCCCCAAGAAAGCGUGCCUGCGGUGCUGGACUUUAUUGCACUCGGUAACCCUUUGGCCACAGUGUCGAGCACUUCUACUUAUUGACUUAUGGAGCUGAUGAAGACUUCAGAUACGGGCUGUGAUAGCCUGUCAAAUAUCAUCUCCGGCUUAAUCCAAGCUGUGCUCUGGGGUCGUUUUCUACAUGUCAGUGGACAAACUCCCGGGAGUUGUGGAAAGCAGUGCUCGGUCCUCCCACAACGCAACUGAUUGAUCCACAAGAUGAAACUGCGAGGGGCCAAACUUCCCCACAUAAAACGUGGGUGUAUCCUCAAGAUAAAAGAAAAAAUAGGGUUUUUUCUUUUGGUUUUGUUUUGUUUUGUUAUUUUGUCUUUUUGGCUUGGAACAAAAAGAGACAGUUUUUGAGGUGUUCACAGAUGAUGUCAAGAAAUUCUAUAAGACUAAUCAAAGGACAAAAAUUGAAUAGAACUUAUUUAUCGUGUAAAUAGUGAAUCUUUAAUGAUGAAAAAAGAAAAAACAAAACGUAUGAACUUCACUUCUUCUGAAACACAAACUGCUUGUGACCAGAAGAGGAGCCUUAUUCACUUUCCAGUGGGAAUCUGUUGACUCGGUGAAGAGGUUCCUACUGCGACGCUCCUGUUGUUUCGAUGAUAAAUAUUUUUCUAUCUGCUCCCGUCACUAUUCUGCCAUUCCACCAUUAAACAGAAAUUAUAUUAACUGAAGUUAUUUCUCAAAAUCCAGUCAUUUUACUGAAUCACACAAAGAAGGGAAGAUUGGGAGGCCUGUUAUUGCGAUGUAAUUCAAAAAAAAAACGCCAAACCUCAUUGUUCUGACUCCCGUUUGAAAUGUUUGAAAGCUCAUCGUGCAGGAGGUGGCCGUAUGAUGUGUUGUUGAUCCACUCCUCUUGUUUAAGAAGUUCCAACUCUCUCUGCCAUUUUAAGGUCUACUCGGGGAGAAGAAGUGUGCUAUUCUUUAUACCAAGAGUUUAACUUGUGAAAGAUUUUUCCUUCCUUUUUUUUUGAUGUGCCAUUAUUUUUGUUAAAUGUUUUACCGAACACCAGCCCCCAAAACAACAAGUGACCCUAAAAAGUCUUCAUGGUUCCAUGACUAAGGAGGGUUCGGUCCCCUUCGUGUACAGGACAUUGCAUAAAAAGCAGUUGAUUCGCUCAGUAUGGUUGCUUAAUAGUGCUGGUGGAGUUUACUUUGUAAUAGCAGCUGUGCCAAUGUCUUUAUAAUGGGAGCUCUCUCAAUUCUAUCCAUGUAUUGUCUUGCCUUGCUCUAUAUCACCCCUGCUAACUCCUUGGCCUGAAUUUCAUGUCUGCCUCUUGGUGACUCGGGUGAACCUGUUUAAUGAUGUUCUAUUUCUGUCCGCAUGCUGAUAUUUUGGGAAACUACACCCAGUUAGGGAGGAGCGCUGAACCAGAGACAAACAGUACAGGAGAUAGUUCCCGUCUGGUGUGCCCCGAAAACCAGACGCACAUGUCAUGGGCAAACUUCACUAUUUUUUAAAGCAACGUGUUUGCUGAACCAUACCUGCCCCCCCGUGUCAGCUAAACUAGAAUUCCCUGGCCAUUGAGCCGAGAAGAAGGCUUGUGUUGGGCUCUCACUCCAGGGACAGACUUUCCCUUUAAUAGUCUCCUGCUAAAGCCCAGUGCCCCACAUGUAGUAAUUACCUCCGUUUUCAUAGCAGCGAUACUGGUUCAAUUCUCUCUAAACACAAUGAUCAAAGCCACUUCGCCCAUCAUGUGUAAUUAGAAAAUGCUAAUAAAAUCUGUGUAUGCUCACAAUUAAAUCAACUACUAAUAAGCAAUUGAUUAAUCAUGACUACCUCCCUGAUAAAAUUGGAUAUGUUCAGUGGAAUGUUCGAAUCGUGCUGCCAGUAAUUAUUUUGUCUUUUGUCCAUUUGUUUUUGCCAUCAGAGAGCUGGAAGCACAGGCGCUGCAUGCUAAUGAUGCAUGUUUGAGCUGAACUCCUGGACCGUCUGCGCUAGCCCCGCAAAGCCAAUAGGCUUUAUUUUCUCUUCUGCUUUGUUUGUUUAUGGUUUUGUACGCCCCGAGCUCCCCACCCCGCUUCACUCUUGGGCUCUUGAGUUUGGGCUCAAGUCCACACUAGGAGCAUUCCCCCUCCUUUCUUCUUAUCCCCCCCGCCGCCCCCCUUUCUUUUCUUAUUUGCUCCGGGUGGGGUGAAUAAAGGUCUGCAGAAUCGCAGUUAAAAAAAAACUUUCACAUUUCAGUGUUUAUGCUCAGAGGAGAAGCUAAAUGCAAAUCUCAAAGGGGAGAGGGAAAGCAGAGAAGGUACUGUACAAGAUGCUUUACAAUAGGGAGGACGUUGAGGGACAUAUAUAAGUGCAAGGAGGUUUUAUUCUAUCACAGUAAAGGGUUUGUGAUGUCUCUAAAUGUCCCGGGCAGCUUUAAAUCUACUGUAAGUUUGUACGACACCAAACAUCUUCAGCCAGGGGUUAAAGUGGGAUGGGAACCCCCCCCCCCCCCCGGAACAGCGUUCAGCACCUUCGAUUAAUAAGUAAAUAAAUCUGAUUGGCAGAUUCACACAUAAUAGCGUAAAAGAGAGUUCAUUUUUCGUGUUGCUGCAGCCUGUCGUUCAUUCCAGCUGAUGCCAUCGAGAUACACACUCAGCAAAUUAGAAAGUAAUUUCACUCCGCGGGCCCACCCCCACACUCGACACGCAGCCACUUUAGUCUUUUUCAGUCUUUUUUGCCCCUCUCCUUGUUGUUCUCCUGGAGUUUCAACUCUGCUGAUUUUUUUCCCCCACCACAUUAUGAAAUUUCUAUAUUUGCCCCUACACUAUAUUUAUCACAAAUAGUAUCGCUGCUGUUUGUGAUUGGUUUUUAAAUGAUGUACUUAUCCCACAUAUUUGCCAUUUGUGUCUAAAAAGAGAGCGAGACAAACGAGUAAACAUACAAACACAUGCACGGACACACGAGCUGGCGAGAUCAUCAUACAAAUCGAUGGUCCUUUAAACCUCAUUGUUGCAGAACCCACGUUGAUCCGCUUAUUCAGGAACACAUACAAACCUCUCUUAUGAAUUCACUAUAGUUGCAGUUAUCAAGAUCAGUCUUACGUGUGAUUUAAAAAAAAAAAAAAAAAAAAAAGAAUGAAAGAGCAGAAUCGCUUGUUCUCCGGUGCUGGGAGAUUCUUGGCUUGUGGUGUGAACAGCCAGGCUACAUUGACAUGUUGCGGAGCGCCUCCGCCUCCCGUCUGAAUCAAUGCCUGGAAUUGGUAACAUGAAGGGGUGGGGUUUAUGACCUAUUUUGCAGCCCGUCAACAGGGGGGCAAUCGACAUGUUUUGGCUUCACUUAUGGCUAGAUGUGAUAUCAUCCAUGCCUACAGAUGGUCCAUUUACUUGCGAUCUAGCUAGCUACAGAAGGGGAGCGAAAGUAAAUGGAGUUGCUUUUUUUUUUCUGAAGCGGUUGCAAAUUUUCCAAUGCAACACAUAUCACCAAACGCACAAGCUUUUUUUUUUUUUUUUUUAAUCUACAACUUGGCUGUGUGUCUUGUCGGCUGCCGGUACGUUAUCAGUUUGGGAGUCACUCUUCCUUGCUGCACCGCUACACCGGACCUAAGAGUUCCCCCACCUGCCAAACCCCUGGCUUCAGCCAAGCUCAAACACUCGCAAGUCACACACAAGUAUAAGUAUUCUGUAGAGUCACAUGACGCACAAACACUAAACAAAAAGGCAUACUUGUAUCUUCUAAACUGUAUUUAUUAUGCAUGCUCACAUACAAAAGUACUCCGAUACACUCACAUGGUUUAAACGCCUUAUCUGAAUUGAAUUUAUAAUUUACACUAUAUUACCAAGAAUCCACUUUACAUUGUCAGUCUUUAACUGCAGAAAUAAUCACGCCUAAAUGCAUAUACACGAAAGGAGAAAAUAACUACAAACACAGGCAGCACACAUGCCUUGAUAAAUGAUAAUAAAGUACUGCAGGUUUUGACACUUUCAUCCAUUCCAGUUCACCCAAGGCCAUCCGCGACGGUUCAGUAGGUUCUAAUCCAUUACCUGAUAAAUAGAUUUGAAAAAAUUAAUUCCAAGCCAGACGUGGAUUUGCAGCUUUUCUUCCUCUGCCAUACAUCUGUGUCUUACCCGCAGGCAGCACCGGGGCAUACCCAUAUCCAGCACAUAGUCAUGACUCCAGAGAGUCACAACGUAUACAUAUGGAUGGAAGGGGGCAUGCAGAUAAAAAAAAAAAAAACACAAGCCAAUGCUCCCCAUCUGCCACUUCAAGAUUUCCACUUUCUAUUUUUGUUUAGUGUGUCAUUAGCGCGUGUGCAGACUGCAAAGUGGGAAGAAUUAAUAACUUUGUCAUGCUAAAAGGCAUAGAGCGAGACAGGAAGCAUUGCUAGUGAGUUAGCUACCCCGCAUGUACCCAGAAAGCCUGUGUGUGUGUGUGUGUGUGUGUGUGUGUGUGUGUGUGAGGUGUGUGUGUACGUGUGUGUAUCUAUAGCAGCACCUACUCCUCUACCUCCUCUGAACCAACAUCACCUUUAAUGUUCAGGCCAACCCGGUCCCCAUUGAUUGUUAUUGUUCCAUGCUGUUUCACAUUAGCAGGAAGUCUUUAACCUUUGACCCACAUUGUCCUGAUUCUGUUUUUCUGUCGUUGCUCAUGUCAGAGGGGACACAGAAAGGGGAGGCAUGAUCAUUAACCUCUGUCGGAGAAAAACACACUUUUGCGUUUGUCUGACAAAGCCCGUUUACGCCCCUAAUUGGAUUUAAUGUGAGCACCGAAGAAAAGGAAGGUUUUUAUUUAAAUGGGCUGCAUUCCGCUCCUGCAAGUCGGCUCGAGAGUGCAGUGAGAGAGAAAGCAGAGGGGAGCUGACAGAAAGCAAUAUCAGAAUUAGACUUUGUUUCUUUGCGGCCUCAAAGCACUUUCCCCCAUUAAUUUGCUUCCUCUUAAAUGCUUUCCAUAGAAACCACAGGAUCCCCACUGUCUCCUUCUCAUUCAUUUCCUGCAGAGAGCAUUGAUUUCUGUAGGGUGUAAAUAAGCGCUGCAUUGUUUUCUUUAGUAGUUGGUUUGUUGUUGAUUUUUUUUUUUUUUAUCUUAUUUGGAUUUUUGUUCUUUUUACUGUAUUCAGACCUUAAGCAUUUUUGUGGAGACCUGGUCCAAGCGCAAAAAUAUGGCUCUUUGAGUAUAUUAUUGUCAGAAAAUGUUUUGUAAAAAUUUUGAUGAUGAUAUCAGAAAUAAACAUCUAAAGAUGGGA